UCAUCACCCCCGGACUCUGCGUUCCAGCAAUGAGGCUCAUCGGAUGGUGACGUCAUCAUGGUGUACCGCACCUAGUUUCCUUACUACCAAUUUGAGAAGUUACCGAAUCAGCAUGCCGCCCAAAGGGAAGGGCGGGAAAGGAGCGAAAGGUGCAGCAGCUGGAGGGGAAGCAUCUGAAAAGAAAGCUCAGACACCCAAAGGUGGAAAUGCUGUGAAGGUGAGGCACAUCCUUUGUGAGAAGCAUGGGAAGGUUAUGGAAGCCAUGGAGAAGCUGAAGGCAGGAGUGCGGUUCAGUGAGGUGGCUACCCAGUACAGUGAGGAUAAGGCCAGACAAGGGGGUGAUCUUGGCUGGAUGACAAGAGGCUCCAUGGUGGGACCAUUCCAAGAUGCUGCUUUUGCUCAGGCAGUGAGUACGAUGGACAAACCUAUAUACACUGAUCCUCCGGUGAAGACCAAGUUUGGAUAUCACAUCAUCAUGGUUGAAGGAAGGAAGUGAUACACAUUUUGACAAGCACAGAAUGAACUAGUAUUUUGAGAUCUGUGUAGAUCAACGUCUGUUUAGACAUACAGAAAAUCCCUUUCAUUGACAGACAAUUCAAUAAAGUGUAAACUCAG